AUGCUGAGUAUAUGUUCAAAGGGUAUUGAUAGGAUGUCUGAAGAACGUAGAGCAUUUAUAGAAAGGGUUACGAAUGAAACAAGAAUUCAGAUCGCUCUUUCGUUGGAUGGAGGCCAGAUAGGAAUUAAAGACUCCAUUUUAAGGAAUGCAGAUAAUAAUAAUCAAGUUGCCAAACAAGCAACUGGGUCUCAGGUUAUUGAUAUCCACACAGGUGUGGGUUUUCUCGACCAUAUGAUUCAUGCUCUUGUUAAACAUGCGGGAUGGUCGCUGGUUUUAGAGUGUGUUGGGGACUUACACAUCGAUGAUCAUCACACAACGGAGGAUUGCGGUAUAGCGUUAGGACAGGCUUUUAAGGAAGCUUUGGGAGCUGUACGUGGAAUAAAGCGGUUUGGGACAGGGUUCGCUCCUUUGGAUGAAGCAUUGAGCCGGGCAGUUGUUGAUAUAUCAAAUAGACCAUUUGCUGUGGUGGAUUUGGCUUUGAAAAGAGAAAGGAUCGGCGAUUUAUCAGCUGAAAUGAUUCCACAUUUCCUGGAGUCGUUUGCGGGAGCAGCGCACAUCACACUUCAUGUGGAUUGUUUGAAAGGCUUCAAUGAUCACCAUCGAAGCGAAAGCGCUUUCAAGGCCCUAGCAGUUGCGUUAAAAGAGGCUAUAUCCAGUAAUGGCACCAAUGACGUUCCCUCCACCAAAGGUGUGUUAAUUUAA